AAAAAAGAAACAGACAAAAAAAGAAAAAAAAACAAUCAUAGAGCAGCUGGAGAAGAAGGGAGGGAAGAAGAUUCUCUUGACCUUCCUUCCAUCAUCAUCUCUCUCUCUCUCUCUGUAAUUAAUUUUUCGCAAUUUUAAUUUUCGAACAAAUGAUUUGACGUUCUUCUUGGUAUUCACGCGUUGAAAAUUUCCACCCUUUCAUAUAUUGUUCUUCACCUCCUUCGUUUUUUUCUCAUCCAUCUCUUCCAGAAUUCUCUUAAAGUUUCCUACUUUCCUGGAAUUUCGUCCUCAAUCUCUCAAGUUUCAUCGGUUUUGAUUUGGGUUUGAUCGGAAAAGUCAUGGGUAAUUGUUGCGGAACAGCAGGAUCAUUGGCUCAAAACGAUAACAAACCCAAAAAAGGAAGGAAGAAGCAAAACCCUUUCUCGAUUGAUUACGGUCUUCACCACGGUGGUGGAGAUGGAGGUGGAAGACCUCUUAAGCUUAUCGUUUUGAAUGAUCCAACAGGUCGUGAGAUCGAGUCUAAAUACACGUUGGGGAGAGAGCUAGGUCGUGGAGAAUUCGGUGUUACGUAUCUAUGUACUGAUAAGGAGACAGACGACGUUUUUGCUUGUAAAUCGAUUUUGAAGAAGAAGCUGAGGACAGCUGUUGAUAUUGAAGAUGUUAGGAGAGAGGUUGAGAUUAUGAGGCAUAUGCCUGAGCAUCCUAAUGUUGUUACUUUGAAGGAGACUUAUGAGGAUGAGCAUGCUGUUCAUUUGGUUAUGGAGCUUUGUGAAGGUGGUGAAUUGUUUGAUAGGAUUGUUGCUAGAGGGCAUUAUACUGAGAGAGCUGCUGCUGCUGUCACUAAGACCAUCAUGGAAGUUGUUCAGGUGUGUCAUAAGCAUGGGGUAAUGCACAGGGACCUGAAACCUGAGAACUUCUUGUUUGGAAACAAGAAGGAGACUGCACCUCUUAAGGCGAUUGAUUUUGGUCUCUCUGUUUUCUUUAAACCAGGCGAGAGGUUUAACGAAAUCGUUGGUAGUCCGUACUACAUGGCUCCCGAGGUGCUAAAACGGAAUUAUGGUCCAGAAGUUGAUAUUUGGAGUGCAGGUGUAAUUCUUUACAUACUGCUAUGUGGUGUCCCGCCUUUCUGGGCAGAAACUGAACAAGGAGUUGCACAAGCAAUUAUUCGAUCUGUACUAGACUUCAGAAGGGACCCAUGGCCCAAGGUUUCUGAAAACGCAAAAGACCUUAUCAGGAAAAUGCUUGAUCCUGACCAAAAGCGUCGUCUUACAGCUCAACAAGUCCUAGAUCACCCGUGGUUACAGAAUGCAAAGACAGCCCCCAAUGUAUCAUUGGGUGAAACAGUGAGGGCAAGGUUGAAGCAGUUCACCGUCAUGAACAAGCUCAAGAAACGAGCACUCAGGGUUAUUGCUGAGCAUUUAUCAGAUGAAGAAGCUUCAGGUAUAAGAGAAGGGUUCCAAAUAAUGGACACAAGCCAAAGAGGGAAGAUUAACAUCGACGAGCUUAAAAUCGGGUUGCAGAAACUUGGUCAUGCCAUUCCGCAAGAUGAUUUACAAAUUUUGAUGGAUGCUGUGAGCUUUGAUUUACCAUUACUUUUCAAUACCAGUUUUUGUGUGAUUUGAAUGCAGUUAACUGAGCUCUGGAUGGUUUUCUUCUACUUUGCAGGGAGACAUCGAUAGAGAUGGAUAUUUGGACUGUGACGAGUUUAUUGCCAUAUCGGUACACCUAAGGAAAAUGGGCAAUGACGAGCAUCUCAAGAAAGCGUUUGCGUUCUUUGAUCAAAACAAUAACGGAUAUAUCGAAAUAGAGGAGUUAAGGGAAGCCUUGUCUGACGAACUUGGUACAAGUGAAGAAGUUGUUGAUGCCAUUAUCCGUGAUGUUGACACCGACAAGGAUGGAAGAAUAAGUUACGAAGAGUUUGUAACGAUGAUGAAAACAGGAACAGAUUGGAGAAAAGCUUCGAGACAGUACUCGAGAGAACGGUUUAACAGUAUCAGUCUCAAACUGAUGCAAGAUGCGUCGUUGCAGGUCAAUGGUGAUACAAGAUGAGAGAGGCUUAAUCUGUGUCACUCACCAGUCUGGAAGAUUGAAUCAAAGGGAUGCAAAUCUUUCUUAAUUUCUUAAUUUUUAUCUUCUUGGGUUGCUUUUUUUUUAUGACACCACGAUUAAAGCUUUUUAGGCAUAUAAAGUUGUAAGAGUUGUGUGUUUGAUAUCCUGGCUAAUGAGCGAGCUGAGUAUGGGGAUCAAGAGAGAAAAACCGUGUUGGCCUUUGGCUGUGUGUAGAUAUUUUGUAUAAUCUUGUGUUGAUAAAAGAUAAUAUCAUCAAUUUUUCUUGUGAUCAAUCUGUAAUUUUCUAUAACCAUUCAAGAAUUAUAUGAGUUAUGGAUUUUGACAAUGAGAGCUUGCUUUACAGAUAAACUUACACG